AUGGGUUUCUUCAGCAAGACCGCAGAGGAGAAGGAGGAGAAGAUCCUCAAGGACGAACAGAAGGCCGACGACAAGCACCUGCGUCAGGCGCUCAAGGACGUCGAGAAGGCCAACAAGGCUGAGCUCAAGGCUGCCAAGGAUGAGCACAAUGCCAACGAGGACCUCCAGAAGGCCAUUCGCAAGGUAGACAAGCUUGUUGCCGACAUGAACAAGCUGCAACAUGAGCAUGAGACGGCCGUCUCGGCCCGUGACGCGCUCGAGCGCGACGUGGAGCAGACCCGCCAGGAGCACAUCCGUCUCCAGGGCGAGACCACCGCUGCAAAGGAGCGUCUCGAAGCUACCCAGGCCAAGGUCAACGAAGCCGCCACCACUCGUCACCAGCGCAUUGGCGAACUCACGAGCCCCAAGGCUGCGACCGCCGUCGCCGGCGGUGCGGCUGCUGGAAAUGGCGCGGCUGCGUCCGCCGAGGAGCGCGAGCGCGCGCAGGCCGUCGAGAACCAGACCCCCGUCGUGACCUCGGCCCCCACCGCGCCGUCGCUUCCCGCGCGCACCGCCGAGGCUGCCCCCUCGGUCCCUGCGCCGGCGCCGGCUGCGUCCCACCAAGUCCCCGGUGGCUUCGCCGCGUCCGAGCCCCAGCACAGCAGCGUCGGCGGUAUCCCGGCCAGCUCGGGCAUUGCCGGCGGCGCAGCCGCUCCCACCCCCAUCUUGGCGUCGUCGGGUAUCGCCCAGAGCUAG